GUGUGGCUUUCUGGUGCGCAUUGUGGGCUGAGACCUGGAUCCUGUUCUCCCACGCCCGGCGUGUGCGCGUUGCCCCUUUUGUUGUUUUCUUCUGGUUUAAAGAGAACUCAAAGCAAAGUGGUAGCAGCUCAAUCUUUAAACCCCAGUCGGACCUACCGGAUCUUUUACGCGUCAGAUCACCGUGUACUCUUUGCUCUCUGGCUGCUGCAGGGGUUGGGGGGGUUUCUCAUGCACUCGUAAUUCACGUUGAGAUUUGCGGAGAAUCCGGUUGAACAGGACGUUCUCCACAGAUCGCAGCUGACAUCUGAUCCUUUCUGGGAAUAAAACUCUACCGGACUUUUGAUUAUUACUAUCUGGAAACAUGGAGUUCGACUGUUUCCAGCACUAUUUUUUGGACGAUUUCGACACCGAGGAGGACUUUUAUAAGUCGACCGCACCGAGCGAGGACAUAUGGAAAAAGUUCGAGCUGCUGCCCACCCCUCCCAUGUCUCCCACCCGGACUCUGAGCGGCGCUGCCCUGCACCUCUCGCCGGGGGACAAGCUCAGCUGGCUGUCCAAGGUGCUGGGGCAGGACGACGAGUGCGAGGGUCCCUUCCCCCCGGACACGGGGAAGCUGUUCGGCAACCUGAGCUCCAUCAUCAUCCAGGACUGCAUGUGGAGCAGCUUCUCCGCCAGCAAGCAGCUGGAGAAGGUCAGCGGGAGAGUGGCGGCCCCCGGGGCCUCCCCAGUGGCACAGAUCUCCGUGAGACCCAGCAAGGCGCAGUGCGUCGCCCCCAGUGGCCCGCUGCCCGCCGCGGUCACAGACUGCGUGGACCCGGCGGCUGUGCUCACCUUCCCGGCCAGCAGCUGCAGGAAGCCGGCCUCGUCAGGCUCCGAGUCUCGCUCUGAUUCCUCUGAUGAUGAAGAGGAAAUCGAUGUGGUCACCGUGGAGAGCAAGCAGAACCGGGUGCGGCUGGUCAACGUCAGAAAGCCAGUCACCGUCACGGUCCGGGCCGACCCAUGCCCAAAACGCUUCCACAUGUCCGUCCAUCGGCAGCAGCACAACUACGCCGCCCGAUCACCAGAUAGCGAGCCCGAUGAUGAAGAUGAUGACGACGAUGAUGAUGAUGAUGAUGACGAUGAUGAUGAGGAGGAGUAUGAGGAAGAGCCACGAAGCAAGCGAGCCUGCACAGCAUCCAGACAGCAGGGUCGUGGCUCCCAGCCCUCCUCCCCCUCAGAGUCCCCCGGAAACUCAGAUGUAGAAGACACUGACCGCAGAAAGAACCACAACUUCCUCGAGAGGAAGAGGAGGAACGACCUCCGCUCCCGUUUCCUCGCCCUGCGGGAUGAGAUCCCCGGCCUGGAAUCGGCUAAGACCCCCAAGGUGGCCAUCCUGACUCAGGCGACGGAGCACCUCGUGGAUCUGCACUCCAGAGAGAAGCGGCAGCUCCUAGAGAAGAAGCGCCUCAAGUCCCGGCAGCAGCAGCUUCUCCGCAGAUUGUCUGAGCUGAAGCGCUCCUGAGACUCUGUCACAGUCAAGAACUCUGCUCUUAAGUUACUUGUCACUUUUGAAAACCUACAGUUUUCAUUAAGACAUGCCUCAUGUGAAUAACCGUGGAAUGAAUUUUGUGUGGAAUAUUGCUGUGGGCUUCCGAUGAAUUGACUGUGCUGGCCUGUGAACCUUUUACGGGGAGGAGCAGUUAGACCUCUGUGUGUUGUGUUUCAUAUUUUUCUUUGCACAGUGUGUUAAUUUGGAACAUGGAGGCCUAAAUUAAUUUACUUUUAUAGCUAUGACCAAGAUAUAUCCUGGUAUGUUGUGAUGGGGGAUGAGAAAUGGCUUUUAAUAGUUGUAUCAGUGUGAUGCCUGUAGCCUUCAAGGUGUGUGUAUGUGGAAAGCAGGUUGGGGAACUCCAAUGCACACUUGAGUUAAGUGUGAAUGCCUUUCUGUACAUACGAGUGAAUGAGACUGAUUGUGCGAGUGAUUUUUUGAUGUACAGAUUGUCCUGUAAAUAAUAGCUUAUUGCUCCUGAUGAAGGAGACGGAAUCAAGAGUUGUCACCGGGUAUCGCUCCUCUGUCUAACGGGCCACAAGGCGCAGAGGAGCCUUUAUUUUGUUAAGAAAAUAGGAAAAAUUAAGAUAAAAAUGAAAAAAAGAAGAAAGUUGCACUGCUGUACUUUAUAUUCACACGUCACUUUGUGAUUUCAAUGCUUCUCCUGAUUUUGGUUGAUUUUUUU